UGCAGACUCUGAUUUUGUAGAAACUGUAGACGCUCUCUACAGAAACUUAAACAAAAAUCCGCAUCACGCUCUGCUCACUAUGCUCUUAAGAAAAAAAUAAUCAGCCAAACAAACAAAACGCUGGUCAGAAAGAGCAAUCUGUGUUUCCUCUCUCUUUCCCCCCCAAAAAAAAAGUUUGGGAUUUUACACAUUUUGAUCAAAUACAUUUAUUUGGAUAAUCAAAACAAAAGAGAUCAAGAUGUUUUCACCGCCUGUGAGUAGUGGGAAGAAUGGACCAACCUCCCUGGGAAGUGGCCAUUUCGGGGGCUCAAAUCUGGAAGACAGAACAAACUCUGGAUCCUGGGGAGCCGGGGAUCAACCUAGUCCAUCCAGGAACUACAGUGAUGGAGUGCACUAUGAGCAAGUGACCAACAGGGAUCUUGGAUCACAUGACAACCUUUCCUCUUCUUCAUUCAUGAAUUCUCGACUCGUAGGCAAAGCGGAGAGAGCAUCAUUCCCAUUUGGGAGGGACUCAAAUAUGCAGGGCUGUCAGCUCCAUUUGACUGCCAUGAGAAGAGGAAUGCGAUCAAAGUCAAGUCUCCUUGGGCCUGACAUAGGUAUGGGCAGUCCAGGAGCUGUAUCCCCUACAGGCACCAAGCCUGGCUCACAGUAUUAUCCAUAUUCCAGCAAUAACUCCCGUCGGCGACCAAUGCAUGACUCCUCAAUGGAGAUUCCACCGAAAAAGGUUAGGAAGGUUCCUCCAGGCUUACCAUCUUCAGUGUAUGCCCCAUCAGCAAGCACUGCCGAUUAUAACAGGGAUUCGCCUGGAUACCCUUCCUCCAAGCCACCUACUAGCACAUUUCCUAGUUCAUUCUUUAUGCAGGAUGGGCAUCACAACUCUGAUCCAUGGACUUCCUCUGGCGGAAUGAAUCAGCCCAGUUAUGGGGGCAUGCUGGGAAACUCCUCCCAUGUUCCACAGUCCAGCAGUUACUGCAGUCUCCAUCCACACGAGCGUCUGAGCUACCCAUCACACUCCUCAACGGACAUCAAUGCCAGUCUCCCACCGAUGUCCAGUUUCCACCGCAGUGGCACAAAUCACUAUGGCGCUUCAUCCUGCACCCCACCCGCUGCCAACGGAACAGACAAUAUCAUGGUAACCAGAGCAGGAGUGCCAACUGGCAGCUCACAGACUGGCGACGCACUGGGUAAAGCACUUGCAUCAAUCUACUCACCAGAUCACACUAACAACAGUUUUCCUUCAACUCCAUCAACGCCUGUUGGAUCUCCGCCAACUCUCACAGCAGGUACCUCUGUGUGGUCCAGAAAUGGAGGCCAGGGUCCAUCCUCUCCCAAUUAUGAAGGCCCACUUCACUCUUUGCAAACCCGGAUUGAAGACCGCUUAGAAAGAUUGGAUGAUGCCAUACACGUCCUGCGAAACCACGCGGUGGGACCCUCAACAGCCAUGCCCAGUAGCCAUAGUGACUUGCACAGUUUAAUAGGGGCAUCACACAAUGGACCGAUGGGAGGCUUGGCGUCAGGAUAUGGGACAGGCUUGCUGUCAGCCAACAGACACACCUUAAUGGUGGGAGCUCAUCGUGAAGAAGGUGUUGGGCUCCGAGGCAGCCAUCCAAUCGUGUCAAACCAAGUGCCAGUUCCACAGCUUCCAGUGCAGUCAGCCACAUCUCCUGAUAUAAACCAGUCCCAAGACCCAUACAGAGCUCUCUCCAGCGGCCUCCAAGGACAGAGUGUGUCAUCAGUCAGUUCAGAGAUAAAGUCAGAAGAGGAACCGGACGAGAAUCUACAGGAUUCAAAACCUACAGAUGACAAGAAGGGCGAUGAGGACAAGAAGGAUAUCAAGAUAUUAAAUAGCAAUAAUAAUGAUGAUGAAGAUCUUUCUCCUGAGCAGAAGGCUGAACGUGAGCGAGAAAGAAGAAUGGCAAACAAUGCUCGUGAGCGUCUGCGUGUGCGCGACAUUAAUGAAGCAUUUAAGGAACUUGGCCGUAUGGUGCAGCUCCACCUGAAGAGCGACAAACCACAGACAAAACUCUUGAUUCUUCACCAGGCCGUUGCUGUUAUUUUGAGCCUGGAACAGCAAGUCCGAGAGAGGAACCUGAAUCCUAAAGCAGCUUGUCUGAAAAGAAGAGAGGAGGAAAAAGUGUCAACAGAUCCACCGCCACUCUCCCUUGCAGGAGUCCACCCGAAUAUGGGAGACACAUCCAACCAAAUGGGCCCAAUGUGAAAAGAGGCCCAUGGUGCCAGAUCAACAAAAAUAAGUGAGAGACCAUUUCCUUGACAACUGUAUUAUCUUACAACAAUGUAAACACUCUGCCCAAUCCCCUUUUUUUGUAAAACGGAGACACAUUAAAAGCAGUCACGAAAAUGAAUCACAGACGAGAGAGAAUGAGCGAGGAGAAAGAAAAUACUGCAUUCCCAACAAGCAAAGUACAACUUGGGGGACAAACUCUAAACAUAUCAUUCAGAAUGUUGAGCAGUAUGUUGCAAGCUGUUAAUGUACAGCCUCGAGACUGAAUGGCAAUCUUCUCCACACUGUGGAAAAUGCAUUUGUGCCUGAACUUCUGUAAAAAAAUAAAAUUAAAAAAAAAUCAAUUUGUAGGUUGAAAAAAAUAUUUAUUUGAAAUCGUAACCUUGCAAUAAUGAAAAGUGUACUUCUGAUAAAAAAAAGGAAAAAAAAUACAAUUUAACAUUAUUUUGUUUUGUUGGUGUUCUAGUCAGCUAGUGUUUGUUCUCUGGAGAGAGUGAAGCUUUGCUGCCCGUCUACAUCCAGUAUUCACAAAAACCAGCAACUGUCCUAAUGGUAACUUAGGUGAUGACUGCUUAGCCAUUCCUUGGUCUGCAUGGGAGUAAUGGAUGGAAUAAUGGGCCUGUUGGUGAUGUAAUCCGUGUCUAUAUUGCGAUGCCUGUGGUUUUUUUUCUGUGAUUUUUAAUUCCUGUCAUUUUCCUGCAGUUAUAUAGUAUUUGAUGGAAAAUAGGUCACAUCCUCUGCCUUUUAGCAAGAUUUGUUUAUAUUGGAAACUAAAAUGUGGUAUCAACAUAAAAGCUUUUUGAGUAUAAAUUUGAUACUAUGGCAGUGGUCAGCAUGGCUGCUGUGUGGAGUCCAACAACAAUGAAUAGUUUGGGGGUACAAAAUUCAUGAUGGCACUGUUACUAAAUUGUUUGUUCCUUUUGGAGGGUGGCACUGUUGUUUCUGUGGAUAAGAUAGUAAGUGGAAACUUACCUCAAUGGCUCAAUGGGUAAAAGGACUAUUCAGUGGAACUGAACCCUAGAGACCAAGAAUGACCCCAGGCUCAAUCUGCGGUCUUUGCUCAGUUAGCUGACCUCGACCAAGGUGAUGGUAUGGCUGCUACAAUUGGCCUUUGUGUUUCUAGACUGGAGGAAGGAAAAGUCAGCCAAGAUUCUCAUUCCAAAUCACUAGUCAGUGAAUUGUGCAGGAAAAUCCUUGUGGGUGGCAGUUAGAUUUGACUGCGAUUCCUGCCCCCCGCCUCCCCCACCCCACCCCACAUGGUAAAAUGACCUGCUGAAAUUUGUUAACUGGGCUCACCGUUUCAAUGAGUUAGCCGGUGACCAUCAAACCGUGCCCCAGAACUGAGUUGACCUUUAGGAGACGAGGGGCGAAAAUUGGAAGGACGAAGACGUAGGAAGUGGAGAACAAGACAUCUUAACAAUCAGUUAUGGAUAAGUAUAUGGGAAUCCUAAAAUAACUGUAAAUGGAGGUUUCCACUAUAAUAUACACAAAAUAUUAUAACGGCAGAAAUAUCCAUUUGCAUUCCAUUUUUACCAUGAUAUCUAAUACUGUAUGUGUAUGGUGUGUAUAUAUAAUAGUUCUUAAAAAUUCUACUCCAUAUGACUGGUGUGACUUAUGCUCCUGGAUGAGAAGAAAACCUGCAAUUUAUUCUUUGAUUUAUUGUAAGUGUUCUGAUUACAGAAGCUUUCCACUUAGGUUUUUAAGCAUUUGUACUAAACUUGGAUGAUAAUAUAGUUCUGCGCAGAGGUUUGCCUAUGAUCAAUCUGAAGAGUCAGCUUAGUUCUAUGCAUGUCAGGAGUAGUGAAAACAAGUGCUUUAGGCAGGUUUACUGCAGAUAUAUUUAUGCAAUGUAACGUGAAGUAGCAGCUUACUUCCACGUAUAAAGAAAGUUAGGUUAUAAAAGCAAAAUGCUCAUUUAAAACAAACAAGAGCUGCACACUUACGCACACAUGCUGACCAUCUCAGUGCACAGUCGUUGCACAAGUUGCAUUUUCUCUGUGAGGAUAUUAUAUAUAUAUAUAUAUAUAAAAAAAAAGUGAUAGACCUAGACAAUUUUCUUUUUUAUUCAGCCCCUGUUGAGGCAAAUCUGUCUAUUUUAAAGCAGAAAUUUUAGAAUCUCUGUGAUUGAAGUAGAGCAGUGCUAAAGGUGUAAUUUACUCUUCCAAUGAUUCAGAGUCUAUUAAAUUCUGCGUGGUUGGAAAUUUUAGGAGUGAACGUAAUUUACAACAAGCUUCUAUCUGUCACUUUCCUGAUGGACAGAUUUUAGUACUGACUAGGGAAUUACAUAAUUAGAGCUGCUCCUGAAUGAUCUUAAACAGGCCUUGUGGUGCCUGUCUGGGUCCAGAAUUAAUAAAUGGUAACAAUUUCUUGAUCCAAGUUCUGUACUGGCUGGAUUUUGGAGCUCUGGGAAAUUUGUACUAGAACACCCUCCCUCGCUACGUUGGUACACGUUCAUUAGUGGCUCUGAAGUUCAGAUCUAUCUAGAUGACUGGUACAAAGAUCAGUACCAGCAUAUAUAUUCAGUGAAUGCCAUCUGCAUUAUCCUGGCACUAUAGCCAGUCUGCUGUUGGUUGAAAGGAGUCUUAUUUUCCAUCAAAUAGUGUAUCUGUGGAGAGCUAGGUUUUCCUGAAACUGUCCUUUUAACCCUUUGAGCACAGCAUGAACAUUUCUCAAUUGAAAUCCAACAAUUUUAUUCCAGACAUAACCACGCAUUGAGAGAGAGCUUCAGAGUCAUUACAUUCCCUAAGUUUGUUUUUAGUUCCCCAUUAACAUUGCCAUCUCUUCCAAUACACAGUGUUUCAUUCCUUGUGCCAAGGGGCCGUGCAGGCAACUUGAUCCCAGGCCACUGCCAAUGUUGAUUUGUAAGCGAUCACUUUGAGAUGUGCAAGAACAAAAGUGGGGUGACAAGCCUAUUCACUCCCUCCAUGCAAGCUCUUGGCCCACCCUUUCCCUAAUGAAUAAGACUUCAAGCAGCAUCUCACCAGAUGGAACUAGUGCACAGGCUCUUGUUAAUGCACCAAGCCAUUUUUUCAGUAGUGUACUGUACCAUAAUGUUUUCUUCCCAUUUUCCCCUUUAUGACACAAGAAAUUUACAGAAAAUUGUUUUACCUGGUCCACGCAAAGGAAAAGUUUGUAUUUUGAAAGUAGCAGAAAUCUUUCUGUGCUCAAAGGGUUAAGGUCACAGAUUAUAGGGGUUGUUGUGGUAUGAUCAUGGUCCCAUGAAAAGCAUGUUCCAUUUAUCAGAUCAUAAUUAAAGAAGGGAUUCAAUGCCACUGAAUCCUGAUGGUUCAGAACUUCUACAGAGUGAGAGUGGAUGGGAAUGAAACAUGGGAGAUUUUUACCCUUGGCUCAGUUACGCGCUUAUCCAGAUUCUAUUGUAGCGGGAAACUGGGGGAGAGCUCAGGCCACUGUUAAACACUUAUAAAUUGUAUAGUCAAAAACAGCCAGACAUCAGAGCACUCUUGCUACCCACUGCACAUAUCGCGUGGAAAUCUGAACGUGCUGAAAAAAAAACAUGUCAUGGAAUGCUUGAACUUGGCAGUGCGUCUGGUCCCAGAAACGAAGCACGUUUCCACGCACCAAGUGCUGAGGGAAAAGAAACUGUCCGGAGCGCAACGGAUUAAAAUGUAUCCAUUUCAUCAAUCAGCGCCGAAAGCAAUUAUCGUAACACUGCCUGCUAAAAUAUUUUAAAGCAGUUAAUACUUAAGGUUCUCUUUGUUUUCUUCUUUUCUCAACGAAACGUACUGUAGUAGAUUAGAGAGAGAAAAAAAGCAGUGAUGAUUAUCGAUAGUGGAUAUGCAGCUUGCAACAUUGACAAGAGCAGCAAGGUCUAGAAGCCCGAGCAAAAAAAAAACAAAAGAGGCUUCGAGGAACUUGUUAGUUUUCUAGUGUUUCUUUAAAGAACUUAGCAAUAACGAACGAGAAAGUGUGCAUUAUUUGUGAAGAACGCUGACCAGCAUUAGUUUAUGCAUGAGGUGAAGCUUGGAAAAAUCAUAGCGACUAUCAACAUAAAAGGGGUUUCAUAUAUUGUACAUAGUUUUAAAAAGAAUCCCACCAAUAAUCAUAAUAUAGAUUCUGUUAUAUUAAACAUGAUAAAAAUAAGCAUUAAUGUGGGAGUUGGGGAAAACGUCAUUAUUGAUCACUUGUUUUCUUUUUGUUUACAUUCUUGUGCAGAGAGCACAUACACUAGUUUGGAGGGCGGGGAUGGUUUAUGCUCUUAAAAUAUCUUUUUUUUAAAACAACAGCACUGGAAUUUUAGUGUAUGUGCGUGGCCUGAAAAUUCUCCUAGUGUAAAACUUACCAAACAAUUAGGAGCCUGUAUUUCCUACACUUUCUGUAGACUUGAAACAUUCCUGGCAGAAGUAUGUCCUCUGCCCCAAGCAGAGUUUCAGAAGAAAGUCAUGCUUUGGUGUAAAAAGGCAACCAAAAAAAAGGAAGAGAAAGUGGUCCAUCUCCUUUCCCUGUUGGUAAUUAACCAUCACUUUAAAACAAAACUGCAAAACUUUGUGUGUUUUAUGCAGCGACAGGCAAAUUUUGCAGCUGUGUUUGAAUUUUUGUGUAAGAGCUAAAAGUUAUAUUUUUACAUGUAGACUUAAAAGUCAUUGUGUUUUUUGAAUAUGUCAUGAGGUUUUUUUUUGCUUUUAAAAAGAAAUACAAUGGAAUCCCUGUGGUUUAAAAAGUGUCUCAAGUUUAAAUGAGAUAGUAAAAUUUCAAGUAGCAUUGUCAAGGAAUUUUACAAGCACACAUAUUUCUGGAAACUUAUUUCAAAAAUGGAACAAAAUAAGGUAUUUGAAAUUUAUUACCUACUACAUGUUUGAUCUAAAUCACUCUGUGCUGUUGGAAUAUUGUUGAUAAUGAUUACAUUUGUGAGUGCAAGGUUUCAGUAUUUUGAUGGGCAGUUCAUGAAACUUUUAAAUGCAUGGAGGUGGAUCAAGUAAACAAUUAAUUCCCUUUUAAAGCUGUGAAUUGGAAAGGAGUAAAGUCACUUGACUGAAGUAAAGUAGAUAUGGGUUACUUUCUGAUGUGCUGCUCUUAUAGAAAGAGCACAGUGCCUCAGACAAUCCAACAUCAAUUCAAGAAGGCUAUAAUCUAAACUUUUAAUGCAAACUAAAAUGUUGUUACUCUUUUAGCCACUGCUUGUUAAGAAGUAUAAUGGUUAAAUAAACUUAAGAUUUAUAGAUUUUUGGUAGGUAAGGGUAUUAAGGGAUAUGGAGCCAAGGAGGGUAAAUUAAGUUAAGAUACAGGUCAGCCAUGAUCUAAUUGCAUGAUUCAAGAAUCUGAAUGGUCUGAAUGUUACUUUGUUCCAUCCCAUAUUCCUGAAGUAUAUUGGGUACAAAUGCAUGGAAGUUGACUAGUUAAAAGGCUAACUGCUGUAGUGUGAAGAGCUGCACAAUUGUAAGGUAAGUAUGGUGUGCCUAAAAGGCUAAGAUGCCUGCCAUUCUGCAGUCAGGCGUUAGUGAAAGGUGCAACAACACUGAGUACAAUGAACCAGCCAAGACAUGAUUCCAGCUGUAGUCACGAUGGUUAACCACUUUGGAAUUAUUACACUUGAAAUGGUAUGGACUCCUACUGAUAAGGUAACAUCUCCAACUUGAAAAAAUGUCUUCCAGUAGGUUUCUCCUUCCAUCUAUUGACUGCACCAGGUGUCAAAGAUGAUUGGAGAUGGCGUGGUUUACAUUUUAAGUAGAGGAGAGAAUGAGGUGAUUAUUUCAAACUCAGAAUGGAUUCUCAUCAUUUAAACAAGAAUAUGACAGGAGCCAAAUGACUAAAGACACACAACAACGCAUGUGGUUGUGAAUUGAUGGGCAUAGUAAUUUUAUGUGAUGUCAGCUAAGCUGCUUUGUGUAUCUAAAAAUGGGCUGGUAAAUAGAAAUUUCCUUUCCGCACACUGUAACAACGUUACUUUAGUCUUGAGAUAAUGAGUAAUUAAAGACAUGUGGGAGGGUAAGCGAGUAUUUAAAAAUAUAUUGUGGUUUACUUUGAGCAUAUGUUUAAGGGAAUGCUGUUUGCAUCCAGAGGUCCAAUUUUCAAAUCUUGUUCGGGGAAGGAUAGGGAAUUUCUUUGCUUUGGUCUUUAAGAUCUUGAAUAGAAUGAGUUUCAGAAAAAUACCACUUCAGAGAUAUUGUGGCAUCAUUGAUGACGAGUGACAAUAAAGGAAUUUUAUUAGAUAUAGCUAUUAUUUAGAGACAAUUUUAUUUGAACAGGUGACAUAAAAUUGAUUAUGCCAACUAAUGACUGAGCAUAUUUAAUAUUUCUGUUGAUUUAGUUGGGCACGUAUUACAUGUUUCAUCUGAGGCACUAUUUGAUUAGACAUGUGCAAAAGAGUUGUAACAUUUUAAUUGUUAUAAAAUUGUCAGCAUAACAUCAAGUAAGUAAAAAUGCAAGAUCUUAUUACUUUAGACGUAUUAAUGGAUCCACAUCCUUGUCUAUAACAGUUCAUAAACUGAAUCAAACUGCUCACCCAUCAGUACCCAUUGUCUUCAAUGUAGCUGUAAUUAACACUAACGCCUAUAAACUGUCAAUUGAACCAGUGAUGCAAUUUGUAAAUUUAUCCAGUCUUCCGAUUUCUUUUUAAAAUUUUGUUUAGUUUUUGUUUUAUUUUCCUUUUGUAUUUUUUUUUGUAUCAGGCAAGUUUUUUUUUAUUCUUUAAAAAAAAGUGAACACUCUCCAGAAAUGAUUUCGCAUUUGGUAUGAACAAGCACAAAUAUUAGCCAAUUAUAGCUGACUGGAAAAAUAUAUAGGUAAAAUUUUAAAAAGGAGACGUAAUUCCAAUAAAAUGGGGCACCAAGGCUUUUAUGAGCCCACUUUUACAGACAUUUUUCUCAUGGACUCUUAUUCAUCUUGUGCAGUGCUGGUUUACCAUGCUCAUUUCAAGUAUUAUAGACAUAUGUAAUGGUGAGAAUAUGAACUGUGGCCUUUUUCAUUCUUGUACUUGUGAUGCAAUUAAGUGAAGAGAAAAGCAGAGAAUUACCAUGUAUCAGUGCCUGGCUUUUUGUUAUAAAGCUUCUUUUGUCUAGUGCUCUUUUUGCUAUGAAAUAGACUGUAGUACACCCUAUAAAAGCUAAAUUUAAAGAAAAAAAUAUAUUUGGCUUAUUUUUCGCAGGAGCAAUCCUUUUAUACCAUGGAUCUUGAAAAAAAAAAUUCUCGGAUUCUGAAUAUUUCUCUUUGUAGAUUUUUGGAAUCAUUCUGAGUAAAAGUUUGUUACUUUAUUUUACUAUUUAAAAGAUGUUAUUUUACCAUGUGUUACUGAGAUGAACUGUAUGGUAGCGUUUUAGUUGUAAGUCGCAUGAUGUCGCGACUACACAUAGCUGCAGCAGUGAAGAAAAAACCUAUUUCACCUUUUUCCCAUUUGUGUGGCUCGAGUGCCUCAACUUUUCAUGUUUUUUUGGUGUUUUUCAGAUUUGUAGAAAUGUCCGAACAGAUUGUUUGCUGGAGUAUUCAAAGGCCAGCUCGAUGUAGGCCAUUACCUGUUUAUCAUCAGUAGUUAUUCCAAGCAGUCAUGUACAUGACAGUUCUGUAGCAAUAAAUGUGCCAUUUUUAUAA